GACGAAAAUGAAAAAGGUGGAGGAGAAGAUGAUGAGGGUUCAACAGGAGGAGGAAGAAAGAAGAAAGGUUGUUGAAGAAGCAGCAGCAGCAACAGAAGCAGAGGAAGAACACCUUGAAAAAGACGUAGGGAAGAAAGAGGGAAGAGCAGUGGCACGGUAGAGGAGAAUGCAAAAAUGGAGAAGAAGAUCAGUGAGUGGGUGGCAAAUUUGUCUUUGGGAGAAGACGAGGAGGCGCAGCUGUAUGUGCCACAGGAGGAGAAGGAGGCAUUUGCCAGGGCUUUGGAGAUGAUAGACGACCCCCUGGAACGUCAAGAGACAGAAGAUGAGAAGAAGUUGGAGUGGAAGUUGAACAUGAAGAGGGAGAAGAAGAAAAGGAGGGAGGAAGCUGCCCGAUUUGCCGCAGAGGUGGAGAAAGUACGAGGAUGCAUGCAAGAGUUGCAGGCACAAGCAGAGGUCCCUGCUAAGUUAGAUAAGAUUGUACAGUACCUGGAGGUGCUAAGUGAGGCGUGGUUGGAGGAACGCCAAAGCAACAGGGGUCACGAUGUGGCCCUGCAGGCCAUGCGGGCUGGUUUUAGAGAGUUUGCGCGCGACGUGGUGACCCACGUCAAGGCCGAAGUAAAAGGAUUGAAAGAGGGCGUAAGGAAGUUCUGUGAGGGCGCCAUUGAAGGCGCCAAGGUAGUAGCCACUGCCGAGAGUGAGUCUAGACCCCGCAGGGAACCAGUCAAGCUGAAGUUCCCAGAUGCCUAUGGCGGGAAGUCUGACGAAAACUUCGAUAACUGGGAGGCAAGUGUCAAUACGUAUGUUCAUUUACAGCAGAUUGCGCAGGACGAUCAGAUCCUCGUUGCCUUCCAGGCCCUCAGGGAUGAAGCAACUAGUUUCGCUAGGUCCCUCGUGCGUGCGGCCGGUUGUGAAAACAACAUGGUCGCUUACUCCAAAGUCACCCCCCUCGCUCAAUUCUUCAAGCUCUUGAGGGAGCGAUUUGCUGAUUUGCGAAGAGGCAUUAGAGCCUCUGAUAAACUCCAGACCAUCCACUCACGGCAGUGGAAGAGUGCAAAGGCACUCAAAGCUGUCAUGGACGACCUGGUGGCCAUCCCAGACUAUGGGCUUACUGAGUCCCAACUGGUCCAACUCUUUUAUCGUGCCAUGCCAGAGCCCUUACGAGGACACUUCUUCGAUAAGUCUCAAAAACCCACUAUGACGUAUGAUGCGCUGAGUAGUGGUGCUGUUCGAGGCAAAGUCCAUGUCAGUUUCCACUUUCUGGCAUAAGGACAAAGACAAGGGUAAAAAGUGGAAAGGGCGUACCAUCUCAGGCCAGGUGAGGGCCAAGGAUCACAUGGUCCUUAAAUUGGAGGAAG